UGGUAAAGUCAGUGAAGGUCUCGCAAGCUCUCGCCUUUGCGGUGUCCACAUCCGUCGCUCGAGCUCAUCCGCUGCUCAACAAGUGAGACGGAGCUCUGAGAGAGCUUCGGCGAGCAUUUCACGGGAAUGAGCAAAAAAACCAUCAUGGUGUCGCAAAGCGACAUGCCAUGGAUCCCUAUUCUUUGCGAGUCAGGCAACGUCGACAUGCAACUGGUCGAGGUUGAAGAAGAGGAGUACCUGAAGAAGCAGGCCGAGUGGCGGGAGCAGCAGAGACGUGAAGAGGCAUCCACCCAGGCUGCGCUCGAGGCUUCUGGGCUUGACCCCAAGACCGGCGCCCUUUUCUUCAAGACGUUGCAAGGAGAUACGCACGUCCUACCGUAUGAGGCCUCGAUGACCGUCAUGGAUCUGCGAACACGGUUGAGCGAGCGGCAAGGCGUGCCCGCGGAGGGUCUGCGGCUGAUUUUUGGCGGCUUUCAGCUGGAGCCGAGCCGCACUGUGCAGGACUAUAAUAUCCCAAAAAACUGCACCAUCCAGGUCGUGCAGCGUGUGAGGGCACCCGAGCCAUUGCAAUGAACGCCAGUCAAUCUGUACAGUGCUACACGGCCUCACCGCAACGAGCAACUGCUUGGUGCAAGCACACGUUCCAACGUCCGGCGUGCCGAAACGCGCCUUCAGGGAGAGGAUGCUUGCGGCAGGUCAUUCAGACAAUGUCUGUUUGUCCUGCCAGGAGAAGGUCUGACAUCAGUUUCAGGAAUUGAGGGCAUUUGAAUUUGAAUAAACUAUAUUUCACCAGCUGCACUUUUGACUUGCUCCUUGACCAAGUCCAGGUCCAAAUGGAUUACUUCUUCUGAAAUAGUGUCAGUGAGUCAGCUCCUAGCGCGUUGUUUUCUUCACUGCGCAUUCGUUGCCAGAAAGCUGCGCCUCUCACAGCGCGC